AUGUUGCUGAGGGUUUUGCUCUUGCUCUGGUUCUCACUGUAUCUGCGUGACUGUGAGUCAAGGUCAGUGGGAGCAAUGUACGUGAUCCAGGAAGCAGAGACACCAUGUAUUAAUGUCAGUGUCCCCAACACAAAUCGGGAAGUGGAGAAACUUCUUGACAGGAUGAAAUAUGUGGCACGAAGUUGUAAGGAAAUUCGAGAUAAGUACAGGGUGUAUGAAGAUGGGUUGUAUUAUCUGAUGACGGCAACUGGGGUUGUGUAUCAGACCUUCUGUGACAUGACCACUGCUGGUGGAGGCUGGACUCUGGUGGCCAGUGUUCAUGAGAACAACAUGUACGGAAAAUGCACUGUGGGCGAUCGCUGGUCGAGUCAACAAGGCAGCAACCCCAACCGGCCUGAUGGAGAAGGAACAUGGGCCAACACCCUCACUUUUGGAACGCCAGAGGCUGCUACUAGUGAUGACUAUAAGAACCCUGGGUACUAUGACAUCAUAGGGCAGGAUGUGUCUGUGUGGCAUGUUCCUAACAACAUUCAGCUGCAGCACUGGACCAUCGCUGCCAUCCUGCGUUACCACACUGAGACACGCUUCCUCACACUCUAUGGAGGAAAUCUCUUCCACCUGUUCAAGAGAUACCCAGUAAGAUUUGGGGCAGGAGUGUGUCACACCAACAGAGGACCAGCUAUUCCUGUGGUGUAUGAUUACGGGAAUGAAGCUUCCACAAGCAACCUCUAUGGACCAAACCCCAGAGGAGAGUUUGAGCCAGGCUUUAUCACUUUCAGAGUCUUUAAUAAUGAAAGAGCUGCUAUGGCCAUCUGCUCUGGAGUCAAACCAACGGGUUGCAACACUGAGCAUUACUGCAUUGGUGGAGGUGGCCACUUCCCUGAGGCAGCACCAAGACAGUGUGGGGACUUCACAGGCUUUGACUGGAAUGGUUAUGGGACACAUGUAGGAUCGAGUGCAUCCAGAGAAAUGACUGAAGCCGCUGUACUGCUCUUCUAUCGCUAA